AUGACGUCGCAGGCCCAGCCCAAGCCCAACAAGCCCGCCAUCACCCUCUACCUCGACACCGUCAGCCCAUUCGCCUACGAGGCUUACUACAUCCUCCGCCACGAUGCCGCCUUCAAGGGCUGCCAGGUCACGUUUGUGCCCAUCUUUCUUGGUGGGUUGAUGCAUAAGUGCGGCAACACGGCGCCGAUGAAUAUCAAGAACAAAGACAAAUGGAUCAACGCGGAGCGGCUUCGCUGGGCGGGAGCGUUCGGCAUCCCCAUCACGCAGGAGCUGCCGCCCGACUUCCCGCCGCUGACCCUCAACAUCAUGCGCGCCGUGUGCGCCGUGUGGGCAUCUGACGACGCGCAACAGACGCGGCUCGUGCGCGUGCUCGACGCCCUCUACGCAAAGUACUGGGUUGACGGCGAGCCGACGCACAGGCCCGACGUGCUGCGCGCCGUGCUGGACGACGUGUUUGGGCCCGCCGAGGCCGACAAGAUCCUCGCCGACGCCAGCACAGUCGGCAAGAAACUGCUGAUCGAGAACACGGACGCGGCCUUCGCGGCGGGCGCGUUCGGGCUGCCGUGGCUCGUGUGCACGAACGCGAAGACGGGCAGCACCGAGGGCUUCUUUGGCGUCGACCACCUGGGCCAGGUCGCGCAGUUCCUCGACAUCGACCUCGACCGCGGCGGCGGUCGGGCGGGCGGCUGGAGAUCUGUGCUGUGA